UCCUGCGCCAAUAUGUGCCAUCAUUGCCAAUUGUGAAUGGAAGGGUGUAUGUUAUUUAACUAUUGGUAACGCUUUAAUCGUUUGCUUCAGUCGUUUUUGUAUUUUAUUGUUUAGAGAAUUUAUUUUGUACAAUAGUUUAAGCACAUUUGAAAGCGUUAAAAUAAAAGUGAAGUGUUGAAUAUCUAAGCGUUAGAUUUCUAAGGUUAAGGUAAGGUUAACGUGAUCUGAAGAGCCACUACAAAAUAGCGCCCUCGUGAGGAUGGGUUGUGUGUUAAGGACACCUUUGCCGAAGAUAUCCUCUUCAAUUCGUGGAUGUUGUGGAUUUUCAUUUGGUGUCGGACCUUUGAAGGCACGGAGAUUAGUACACAUUUCUGCAAUGACUCCUAAAACAUUAAAUUUGGACAACAUGAAUCCAAAUAUAAUUAAAAUGGAGUAUGCAGUUCGAGGGCCGUUGGUAAUUAGAGCCACAGAAAUUGAGAAAGAAUUAGAAAAGGGUAUCAAAAAACCAUUUUCUGAAGUUAUAAAGGCAAACAUUGGAGACUGCCAGGCUAUGGGGCAGAAGCCCAUUACAUUCCUGCGUCAGGUUUUGACACUGUGUGCAUAUCCGGAUCUUUUAGAAAGUGACAUAUUUUCUUCUGAUGUAAAGGAACGAGCUCAAACUAUUCUUUCUCACUGUGGAGGCAAAAGUGUAGGUUCUUACAGCGACAGUGCUGGUGUGGAGGUGAUAAGGAAACAUGUGGCUCAGUACAUUGAGAGGCGUGAUGGUAUACCUUCAGAUUAUCUUAACUGUAUUUUGUCUACAGGGGCCAGUGAAGCUGUUAGGUCUGUUAUUAGCAUUCUGAAUCAUUCAAAAAGUGGUAAGCCACCUGGUGUUAUGAUUCCAAUUCCUCAGUAUCCUCUGUACUCAGCAACACUAGCUGAAUAUGACAUGUAUCAGGUUAAUUACUAUCUUGAUGAACAAAAUGAAUGGGCACUAGACAUCAGUGAGUUAAAACGAGCAAUAAAAGAAUCGCGAAGCCAUUGUGAACCUCGAGGUCUUGUUGUAAUCAAUCCUGGAAACCCAACGGGAUCUGUGCUUACACGAGAAAACAUUGAAAACAUUAUUAAAUUUGCUCAUGAAGAAAAACUUUUCCUAAUGGCUGAUGAGGUGUACCAACACAACAUCUAUGCAGAAGGGAUGAAGUUUCACUCAUUCAAGAAGGUGUUGACAGAAAUGGGGCCACCAUACAGUGACAUGGAGUUGGCAUCCUUUAUGUCUGCAUCCAAGGGAUACAUGGGAGAGUGUGGUCUUAGAGGUGGCUAUUGUGAACUUCUUAAUAUUGAUGCUGACGUAAUGAAAAUGCUCUUAAAGUCCAUCUCAGCCAAAUUGUGUUCAAGUGUCCUUGGACAGGCAGCAAUGGAUUGCGUUGUUAAUCCUCCACAGUCAGGAGAGCCGUCCUAUGAAAAGUAUAUAAAGGAAAAGAAUGAGGUGCUAGAUUCGUUAAAAGAAAGAGCUAUUCUUGUUGCAAACACUUUCAACAGUAUUGAGGGGAUACAGUGUAAUAAAGUAGCUGGAGCGAUGUAUGCUUUUCCGAGACUGUUUCUGCCAGAAAAAGCUGUUGAGAAAGCUAAGUCUUUAGGCCAAGCUCCUGACUUUUUCUAUGCUAUGCAGCUUCUUGAGAGCAAAGGAAUUUGUGUUGUUCCUGGUAGUGGCUUUGGACAGCAACCAGGAACAUACCAUUUUAGAACAACGAUCCUUCCACAAACAGAGAAACUCAAGACUAUGUUAAGUCACCUGAAGAAUUUUCAUGAAAAAUUUAUGGAAGAAUACAAAUAGGUAAAUCUCUGGACACAAAAAGCAUUCCAAAAGUGGAUACCUACAUGUUGUUUUAUAUAUUCUGUAUUUUUGUGCCAUUGAUAUAAAUGUAAAAAAUGCUUUCAACAACUGUGUUGUAUGCAUGAGGCAACAUAGCUACACAAAACAAGUUGUUGUUAUGCCCUGUGGUUAGUAUUAAGAAUGUUAAAAUUGUUUUUGAAAAAUAUUACAGUUUAUUUGGUAAGUUAUGAUACACUUUGUUGUUUUUAAUUGUUGAUUCUUUAAAGAAAGAUAUUCUAACCUUCUAAAUUUACUUUAAAAAAUGUAUAGAAUCAAAUAUAUUCAUAAUGUGGAGAAAACAACGAAAAAUUAGUACGGUUUAUGAUGUACGAAGAAACAUUGAUGGAAUUGAAGGUAUUAUCUUUAUUAGAAAGAUAGGCUCAUAUCAUGACCCUCAUGAAGUUAGUUAGAGAUAUGUCUUGAGGUGUGUUAUCAUAAGAGAGAGAGAAAAUUUUCUGUGUUUGACUUAAGAGACAGAAAGUUUCCUUACUUUGAUACAUUUGAACAUUAGUAUCAUGUUGUUUUUUUGUUAUAAAAUUGAUAUAUGCUGUACCUGAAUAAAUUGGCACAGUUUUAAUUAAAGAAACAGUUUGAAUAAGUUUUCAAAAAAAUUUCUAUUCAUAAAUACUUCUUUAAAAAAAAGUUACUUUUUUAAAUGUUCUAAUUAAAAUUUCUUUUUGGGAAAGAAUGUAUUAGUAAAUAGUGAAUUGUGUUUGUUUUUCUCCAAACUAGAUGUGUUGAUGGGAUUGAUGUUAUGUUACCCAAUAAUUAGGGUUUCAAAAAAAUUCUGAAACGUUCUAGAACAUUUGAAGAACAGGUUCUUCUUCUGCAGAAAACAGUGUAUCUUUCUUGCUGUUCAUAAAGAAAUGGUCACUCUUUAAAAGGGUUUAAACUUUUUGGAGCAUUUUCCCUCCCUUUUUGUAAUGAUCCAUGGUGCUUUUUGUUUCAAAGUAACACAUAUAUAAAACUUAUAUCUUACAUACACUUUUGAGCAAAAUAUAAAUCCACUUUAGAUGUAAGCAUUAUACUUAAAUAUCAAGGAUCUUAUUACUGUUUAGUGUUUUAGUAUAAAUAUGUUAAAUGUCACUUAUCGCUGAGAAAAAACAUUUAUGUGGAAGUCAUGGUUUGUUAAUGUUUUAGUCUGUUAAUGCCUGAGCUUGACAUUUUGAAUAGAAGCAAUAACUGUUCUGUUUAAAGAUUGAAAAGAAAAAUUAAAAAAAAAUUAUGAACCUGUAGUGGUGAAUUUUUAUUUUUGUGAAACACACAGAAAAUUGGUUGAAAACUUGAGAAUGCUUGCAGUUGCUUCUUAAAGAUAAAAACAAAGUACUUUAUAAAAAUCAUUUAUUUUUUUAUUUUAUAUUCUAGGGAAUUCCAAUAGUUCUUUUUUGUGGCAAAAAAAGUUGCAUUAAGUAAUUAUGGUAACAGUUUGAUGAACGUUGGAUCCAGAAGUCUCUGACACUUCAUGAAAGUGACAUUUUUUAAAAUUUUCUUUAGUACAGGUAUAUAUAUAUAUAUAUAUAUACGUUUAGUUCCAUGAAAUUGUAUAUUUGUAGAUAAGGUUUACAGUACAUUCUUCUUAUACAGAAUUGUUUGAUAUUAAACCAAUAUAGUCCCAGAGGUUGAGUUUCAGAAUUACUUUUUAAUAGCAUUGUUUGUAAUUGAAUUCCUACAAAAACCAGUAUUUAUUUUUUUUCUUUAAUGAAAUUUCUGGUGAAAUUAGUAAUUAUUUGUGGAAUUGGACAUGAACUUUUCACAUUUUUUAGGAUUUUUAGAAUAUAUUUGAAAGAACUAUUUUUCUAUAAGUCACAGUAGUCUUUUAGUCAUUAAUGCAAGAUUUAGAUUUGUACUAGUUUUAACAUUAUCACAGUUACUGCAUUUAAACUUUUUUUGGGUUGAAAUGGCAAAAAAUACCAUUAGGUUCAGGAAGCAGUACUAAACAAUUUUUAAUAGUUUUUACACAGAAGGAUUUGUUCAAAAUUAGAAAAUUGUAUAUUAUAUAUUGGAUAUUUGUAGAAAAGAUCAAAGUGGUAAAAAAACAAUGCAACUCUUUACCAUUGUCGAAGAAAUAUAACUUUAUAAAGAUACUCAUCUAUUAAGAGUUCACUAGUUUAGGUAUCUGCAACACAUUAACGACUGUGUACAUUUCAGGGUUAGUGUUUUGGUGUUCAAAUGAAAAAUGCUGUGUGUUGUUUUGUUAGGCUUUUCUGUAGACCAACACUGGAAACAUUAUGAAAGUGAACACCCUCAUAUAUUGAUAACAAAUCUGCUUGUUUUAACAAACAGGCUUCCUUCUCCUGAUGUUUAGCUUUUUGAAAAUAGUAACAAAGAAGGAAAAUCAGCACUUUGUGACUGGAUUCAGUACAUUUUGCUGUGAAAAGCCACUUAAGUAACACUACUUGCUCUGUUUUUCAUCACAAUCUUUUGUUACUUCCUUAAGGAACUACAAGUUAAAUUUUCUUGUUAUUCUUUGAGAACUUGGUGUUGUUUUGAGUGAGGAUAUUGUUUUAGGCUAAAUUGUGGUCUGUAAUAGUCUGGUCUUUCUACGUGCAAACUGUAAUUUAAUUUAGUUUUUUAACUUAAUCUGAAGUACAUUCAAGUCAUGAAGUCUGAAAUGUUGAUGAACGUGACAGUCUUGUAUCUCAAGUAAUGUUGUUGUACUAACCUAACUUGGUUGUAGUUUGUUUUCUCAGAAAUAAAAGUUGAUCUUGAAGCAGCA